CGAGUUUCACUUUUUUUCCUUUCCUUUUUGUUUUGUUUUGACAGAACCAGCAGCAUUUCAAGUCCAACGAUGGAGGGACUGUAAAAGCUAAACCUCCUGGCUAGCUGUUGAGAUUUGACUUCUCGUUUGCUCAACAGGAUAUUGGACAGUUCUGUGUUAAGAUUGGGUGAACCUCAUCUGUGAACGUUUUUGAGCGGACGAUGCAGAAUAGGAAGCGGAUAUUAGAGACGUAUGACGGCACCACAGACGGUGCACAGGCAGAUGGGUCGGAGGAAGAGAGGUUGCCUCUGGAAUCCGUCGAGCGGGAGAGACCUCCUUCCCCGAAAAUUAAACUCAACCUUGUUGCACUGGGACUUGCAGACCCGAAUGACCCGAACCGCUUCAACAGAGACCGUCUCUAUGGUGCCAUCGUGAGGGGGAAUCCAAAUGAGCUGGAAGGCCUGGAGGACUAUUUGAGAGGAACCAACAAAUUUCUCACCGACUCCGAAUAUAAGGAUGGCAAGACAGGCAAGACGUGCCUAAUGAAGGCCCUUCUGAAUUUAAAAGAUGAGGUGAACCUCACGAUCCCCUUGCUCUUGGAGAUAGACAGGCGGACCGGGAAUGCGCCGCAGCUAAUCAACGCUGAAUGCAUAGGCUACUACAAAGGUCACACGGCCCUCCACAUUGCCAUUGAGAAGCGGAAUCUAGAUUUGAUCAAGUUCCUGGUGGAGAACGGGGCCAACGUCCAUGCCAAGGCCUGCGGCGAGUUCUUUCAGCAGCGGAAGAAAGGGGUGUGCUUCUAUUUCGGCGAGCUCCCGCUCUCCUUGGCUGCAUGCACCAACCAGCCAGAUGUACUCCAGUAUCUCCUACAUAACCCUCACCAGAAGGCCAGGCUGGAAGAACAGGAUUCUUUGGGGAACACAGUCUUUCAUGCCUUAGUGAUGGUGGCGAAUGAUACAGAGAAGAAUACGGAGCUGGUGAUCAAGAUGUACGACGAACUCUUGAAGGAAGGGGCCAAAAUUGACCGAACGCUGAGACUGGAGGAAAUAGUAAACAAGAAAGGAUUAACCCCUUUGAAACUGGCCGUCAAGACGGGCAAAGUAGAGAUCUUCAAGCACAUUAUUCGCCGGGAGAUCAAAGACCCUGAGUUUUGUCACCUGUCACGCAAGUUCACCGAAUGGACAUAUGGACCGGUCCACAUUUCCCUCUACGAUUUGUCUGCCAUUGAUAGCUACGAGGAAAACUCUGUGCUGGAAAUCCUUGCCUAUAGCAGCGACACCCCAAACCGGUACAAAAUGGUGGACUUGGAGCCCGUAAACAAGCUGCUUGAACAAAAAUGGGAUUCCUUUGCUGCCAAGAGGUUUUUCCUCAGUUUUUGGUCGUACCUGGCAUUCAUGCUUGUUUUCACAGCCGUCGCUUACAACCUACCUCUGGAUGGGAAGCCCCCUUUUCCAGUUUCGCUUACUGCUGGGGACAUACUGAAGCUUACGGGUCAGGUCAUCGUCUUACUUGGAGGCAUUUAUCUCCUCAUUAUCCAGAGUCUUUACCUGUGGAAGAGGCACCGAUUCUUGAAAAGUCUACUCACUGAUGACUGCAUUCAGAUUUUUCUGUUGGUGCAGGCAAUUGCCCUGCUGCUUUCGUCGCUGUUGUACCUCGUGGGGUUGGAAGAGUAUGUGCCAUGGAUGGUUUUCUCCUUGCUCCUGGGCUGGGUGAACUUGCUGUACUACACCCGAGGUUUCCAGCAGACGGGAAUCUAUAUUGUCAUGAUACAGAAGGCAAUCCUGAGGGACCUUCUGCAUUUCCUCAUUGUCUAUGUGAUCUUCCUCUUUGGCUUUGCCACAGCCCUCGUCAUCCUCACCGGUGAGGCUCCCCAGACAGCCCAGAACGGGUCUCUCCCUCUCCACGGUGGCGAUAAAGACGAAGCCGUAUAUCCUGACCUCUUCAAGGCCUCCCUGGCGCUGUUCCGGUUCACCAUUGGCAUGGGCGACCUGGAAUUCCACGAGAACGUGAAGUUCAAGUACUUUGUGAUGGUCUUGCUCCUCCUCUUCGUGGUCCUGACGUACAUCCUUCUGUUGAACAUGCUGAUUGCCCUGAUGAGUGAGACGGUCACCAAUGUCUCUGGGUACGGCCGAAGCGUCUGGAAGCUACAGAGAGCCAUUGCUAUUUUGGAAAUCGAGAAAAACUGGUUUUGGUGUUGGAAGAAGACGCCAAGGUCCGGCUGCUUCCUGUCUAUCAACCCAGAAGAAAAGGAAAAUAAGAGAUGGUUUCUCCGAGUGGAAGAAGUAAAUUGGGCAGACUGGAAGAAAGAGCAAGGAGUGUUGAAGGAAGAUCCUGUAGACUCCAACAUUUCUGAGACAGAGCCCCAAGAGGACAAGCAAUCCGGUUGGGUGUCGCGCAUGAGAGCCCUCCUGGCUGUGGCGGAGGAGGAUCGGCUGCCGACGCAUGCCACCGGCCACUGAGCGAGGCGAAACCUCAAGGAGGAUGUGGGGGAUCGCUGAGCUGAUGGGGCCCCCGCCCAGGGCUGAGUUCCCUCGCGCUGCUUGAACGUCUGACCACAACGAAAGCAUGAGAAAUCUCUGUGAAGAGACAGUGACUCGAGAAAACUACGGUCUGUGCCUUUCCCAGGACGGACGCGCUCGGAGGACGGACAUAAUUCCGUGUGUCCCGUCUCAACAAAGCCUUGGCCCUUCAGUUGAUCUCAGUAGAUCGCCCAGAGAGCUUUGGCUGUGGGGCGGUAUAUAAAUGUAAUAAAAUAAAAUCAAUCAAUCAAUAAAUGAAAUUCCGCUUCCCUCCUGCCCAGCGCCAGCCUCCAAAACUCCCUCCAUUUAACAAAUGCUCAAUGGGCUUACCCCCGCCGCUUUUCUCCACCACUGGCUUGCCCUCCAGAUUGUUUGGACUACAACUCCCAUCAGCCCCAGUUGGCACAGCUGAUAGCAGUGGAUGAUGGGUGCUGCAGAGCAAAACACCUGGAGGGCACAAGGUGGCUUGCUCCUCCUACUUGCUGGGUCCUGCCCUAUGCAUUGAACUUUCCUCCUAACCAUUGAUUGUUUCUAAAAGGUUGAGAUGUUCAGUUACUGGCAGCUUUAAGCUAAGAUAUGCAGGUAUUUUUUGCCCUAUCACUUCAUCCUCCUGCCCACCUCCAGAAUUGAAUUUAACGAUCGAGCUGAAAGAGUUUCAAAACCCCUGCAUUUAUUGGAAACAAUAAAAAAUAUUAAUCCAAAUCCCCUGCAUUUCAGGGAUGAACAGAAGGGACACAUGAAUCUCCUGGUAGAUUUCUGGGUGAUUUGCAAUAGAUCAGCCAGGAUUUUGAACUUCUGACCAUUUGGCCAACAGCAGCAACAAAAUUACUUUGCCCACCCUCCUAAAAAAAAACACUGCUAGAAUGAUGAAUGCUUAGGGAAAAUGAGGAGUGGGUUAUUGUGAGUGCCACUCAUUUCUGGUUCUCAAAACAUGUCCCUGGGCUCAGAAUUCUUGAAUUCGUUUUUUGUUUAAUUUAUGUUUUUAUUCAUGUUUUUAAUCAUACACAACAGACAUUGUAAAGCAAAACUGCGCAUGUUACACUUAGUCUUAAAUCGAACAAGGAGCACGAUUUUGUAAUGUUCGUAA